CUGCCCACUUCUGCAUAUAAGGUUUUAGCUAGCUAGCUGCUCUAUUAAACAUCAGUGCAGUGCAGUCAUGGCGUCAAUAAAGCAAGCUUUGGGUAUACAGGAGGUGUCACCUUCUGCACUUGGCCUCAAUGGAUGGCUGCAAUAUGUGGAUGUUCAAUAUCUAUCACAUAAUACGCUGGAGCUAAUGAAGUUCAGUUUUCGAGCUGAGAUCUCUAAGGUAGAGCUAGAGAAAGCUGACUGUCUCCUGGAGCUGUUUUAUCUCAUCAAAAAUCUCUACAAUGGAAACGAGACUGCAGCUCUCAGUCGGCUAGUGUACACUCUCAAUCUCGUGGGUCACCAGCGGUUCGGCUGUAAAUCAGUGAGGAAACUUGAGAAAUAUGGAUUUUCCAAACCUCCUGAUCACAAUCCAAUAUGGGACACUCGAGGUGCUCAGCUGUUCCAGUGUCUGGCAAAGAUUGCUUGUCAUUUAUCCGACGAUGAGGAGUAUCGUAUACGAUGUUACUGGGCUAGAGUGCUGGGAAUCAAUAAAGAAUCGCUGUCUAUGGAAACAAUACUUGCUGUGUUGUCUAUGAUUGUUGAGAGGCGCAAAAUAACAGAGGAGGAUCAACUUGAGCUUGCUAACGGCCUCAACAGCAUUGGUGCCUACAAGUGCAUCAAGUAUUUGAUUGAGUAUCGCAAGAGAAACAAGUUGUCAGUGAAAGAGUACCAAGAUAAAAUAAAUCCAGACUACAAGUCAGCAGGAAGCUCCAAUACUUACUCCUCCAAGCAUUCUAUUCAGUCUGAUUCAUCCAGGAGGGGAACACCUGUCUCCAUCACCGCUUAUGAAACAGCUCCAGAAGGCAGCCCAACACCAGUGAAAAUGCUCAAAGGGAACCGAACACCUCUGUCGCCUGUGAUGGAAAGAUUCCUUGAUAGUUCCCCCGCAUAUGAUGGUGCUUCAGAAACAGAAGUGCUUACAGAAUCUAGAUCUGGUGAGCACCUACCACUGCUACCACAGAUUAGAAUCGAUCAGAGUGUUGGAAAAGGUGUGCGACUCCUUGUUGUCAGCCUGUUUGUGUUUGCUGUCCUGGUAAUGGUAGGGAUAGCUGGUUCUACCUAUGGAACAAUCCACGCUGCAACUUAUCAGCCUGACAACCAACAACAGUUCCUGUUUGAGCAAUCUCUUGUUCUGCUAGCUGACCACCUCCAUCCCUAUUAUUUAGCAAGUGUAGACCUAACUCAGUUUUUAAAAGCAUACCCUCAUAAUAUCGACCUCUAUCUGAUUGACUCAGAGUCUAAGCUUCUCAACAAAACAACCACAAUAGAACCACAGAAGCAAUUAGUUGAACAGCAACGCAUUGAGAACAACACUAUGUACUUGCUCCAAGGAUCUGUGAUUGACUAUUCAAUUCGUGCUGUUACAAAUUAUUCCCAGGAGAGAGUUAUUGUUGAGGUACAUGUGAUUGACAAUUUGGGGGCCGUGUGGAACAGUUUAGAAGAUUCUAAGGAGUUGAUCGAUGCUAUAUACUCGAUAGAUUUCGAUGCUUGCCACGAGGAUCAGUCAAAAUCUUGCUUACCCCAAUCUUUUGUCUACAAGGUGACUAAGUCUGGAUAUUACAGUGUUCGCUUCACCCUCAACAAUCCUUCGGCUUUCUACAAUAUGAAGUAUGACUACAAUAUGACCAUCACGAAUGUAUCGUAUGAACUACCGUCUCCAAAAGCUGUUGUACACAGUUGCACGCUAACUGAUAGUGAAGAAGGACAGCAACACUGCACCUUUACCAUGAACGAGAGCUCCUACCAUGAAUUCUGGCACAUGAACGAUGAGAUGUGCUUGCUCGCUAACGUACACAAGGUCGACUCACUUGACAGUGAGUGGAGUGAAAAGAAAGCCUUUACACAGGUGGACACAUCGUUUUCUAUAUACAAUGUGAAUUGGCUGAUUGUGAGUGUGUGUGUGCUGGUUGUGCUAGCUGUGCUUAUCAGUAGUGUAUUGUUGCUGGAGGGCAUUGUCUGCUACAGGCUGUAUAAACGAUGUAAACUGAACAAUUAAACUGUGCAACAUUAUGCCGUACUCUACUGUUUGUUUUAAUAAUUAUACAUUGUACAUUUUGUAUUCCGUGUCCAUGCAAAUAUUUCUAAAUGCUGACUGAACAAUUAUUGUCUGUUUUUUUUAUUCGUACAUUUCCUUAAUAAUUUUUGUGUCCAUGUAAUGAUUAAAUCAACACACACACAAUAAAAAUUGAUAGUAUAAUAAAUAUAUCAUG